ACCCAUUCCAUUCAUCAUCCUACCUGUGGGCGGCGCUGUGUGGUGAGCCGUCUUCACACAGUGAAGCCAUGAUGCUUUUACCCACAUGUGAGUCAUUUGAAUGUGUCCAUACCCAGACAGCGCUCUCAUCAGCCGGUGAGCUCGUGUCUUCUCGAUGUGACUGGGUCGUAUGCCGGUGAAUGCAUCACAGGGAGGAGUGACAUUACUGCCAAAGAGAGUCCACUGCUAAGAUCCACGUACUGAAAGAUGUCUCGGACUCCCUACACAUCUGCGACCUCGCAGUCCGCAAAAAUGAGAAAGGACGAAUCGUUCCUCGGGAGAUUAGGAGGAACCUUGGGGCGGAAGAAAAAGUCUAAAGAGGUGAGUGAGCUCCAUGAGGAGGGGAAGAAGGCCAUCAAUGCCCCCAUGCUUCCACCAGGGACAGACAUCCAUCCAGAGGACACAUUGCUGGAGGAAAAUGCUGAGAGGAUCAUGUUAGACCCAACAUCACGGGAAAACCCUAAAUUUAAAGAUAUGCUGAAGGUCCUGAUUGACUGGAUCAACAGUGAGCUGGAGGAAGACAGGAUCAUAGUCAAAGACCUGGAGGAGGACUGUUAUGAUGGACAAGUGCUCCAGAAGUUAUUUGAAAAGUUGUCAGGCAGGAAGCUGAACGUGGCUGAGGUGACCCAGUCAGAGAUUGGCCAGAAGCAGAAACUUCAGACGGUUUUGGAGGCUGUUAACGAACUGCUGAGGCCUCAUGGCUGGAGCAUCGAGUGGAGUGUAGACUCUAUCCAUUCAAAGAACCUGGUGGCUAUUGUCUAUCUGCUGGUGGCUCUAGCUAUGCACUUCCAGGCCCCCACCAGACUGCCUGAACACGUCUCUGUACAGGUGGUGCUGGUCAAGAAACGAGAGGGAAUCCUGCAGACUGCUCUAGUGACCAAGGAGCUAACCAGCACUACAGAAAUGAUGAUGGGAAGACUUGAGAGGGAUGCAUUUGAUACUUUGCUGGAUCAUGCCCCUGAUAAGCUCAAUGUGGUGAAAACGUCACUCAUCACCUUUGUGAACAAACACCUGAACAAACUCAACCUGGAAGUCACUGAGCUGGAAUCUCAGUUUGCCGAUGGAGUUUAUCUUAUUUUGCUGAUGGGGCUGCUGGAAGACUACUUUGUCCCUCUGUACAGCUUCUUCCUCACACCUGAGAGCUUUGAACAGAAGGUCCACAAUGUGGCAUUUGCCUUUGAGCUGAUGCAGGAUGCAGGCCUGAAGAAACCUAAAGCCAGACCAGAAGAUGUUGUCAACCUGAACCUCAAGUCCACCCUCAGAGUCCUCUACAACCUGUUCACCAACUACAAAAACUCUGAGUGAACAGUUUCACCGCUAAUAUUACUUUCAACACUGCCCUGUGCUUGCAGUGAUAUUAUGCCUUACUGUCUAGACACUGGAGGAGACCGACUAGGACUGAAGGUCAUUAUGGAGGACUUAAAAAGACCCAGGGGGAGCAGCCUGAAAAUGCUCUGAACGCUAGCAUUUAAUCUUCCCCAAAUGUCAGUAUUUAUUUAUUCCUUCUUUUAAUGUUAACUGCAAGCCUGAAAACUCUGUAACCUUUAUCCUUGCAUUUGAAUACACACCCCAAAAAAAUACAUGCACAGAAUGUUAAAACUGGAAAGCAUUUGUGUGUUAACCUCAACUGAAUUCCCUCCUCCACAGAUUAUUUAAUAGGGAUGAAAAUGCUAUUAUACUGUAGUAUGUAAAAUGUAUAAACAAAAAUAAUAGUGUGACAUUUUGGGGAUACACUCAUUUGCUUUCUUGCUGACAGUUAGAUGAGAAGAUUGAUACCAGUCUCAUUUUUAUAAGGUAAAUAUUAAGAAGUAUAAUCUGUGUUAGCUUAACAUUAAAAGAAGCUAUACACAGGAACAAGCAUUAGCUUAAUUUAACAAUUAGUUGAUGUUAAAAGUGAACAAAAACUGCCUUCCAGCACCUCUACGCUCACUAUUUACCAUGUUACUUCUUGUUUAUUUACAGCUACAGUAUGUAAUUUAAAGUAGCGCUAGCAUGAAACUCCAACUCAAUCCACUCUGCUCCACCCAGCUCUCCAUUUCCCUCAUCCCCCAUGCUUUACUAUGAUUUGCUACACUCCGCCAUGCUCUGCCCAGCUCGUCAGAUAUGUGUUAUGAAAUUACAAUAAAUGAGAAUGCAACAAACCUUACUAUAAUUGAAAAUCUCCUAUUGGUUGGAGAGGUUAAUCCCACUCAGAACCCUUUAUGAGCCAAUUUCUCUGCACUGCUGCCAGUGCUGUUCAAUGAGUCUGGGUCACAGCAGGCUUUGAUGGCACUUCUCCACAUUAAGA